AUGCGAAUUCCUAGAAAUGUAGAUAAAUUUGAGGUACCAAAAGAUAAACAAUCAUUACAACGAUUUCUAGGAUUUAUGAAUUACUUCAGAUCCUUUAUAUUAGACUUUGCAAAAAUUGCAUCACCACUCUAUGAAAGAGUAGGAAAUAAAGACUUUGACUGGACACCAAAAUGUCAACAAGCAAUGGACAUGUUAAAAAGAGAAAUAAAACGAGUACUGGAACUAUCAUAUCCAGAUCCACACCAACCAUUCUUUAUGGAAACAGAUGCAUCCGACAAGGCUGUUGGAGCAAUAUUAUACCAAAUAGGAGACAAAUCACGAGAUCAUUGGAAGAUCAAAGAAGAAAUUAAAAGAAAAGACUUACUAAGAGAACAAAUAUUGGCUGAAAAAGACUAUAGUAAACGACCAUCAGAAAAUAUACGAAUAAUAAAAAUAGGAUCAACCGCGUUGUCAGAAACACAAAGAAAGUAG